GCCCGCCGGCCUGCGCCGGGGCUGUGCGCGCGGGGAGCUCCCGGCCUGGGGUCCCGGGAGGGCUGGGCUUCCGGGCGCUGAUGCGGGCGAUGCCCUCGAGACCCCGGACGGGGCGGGGGAGGUGGGAACCAGAGGACCGGAAUGGCGACCGGCGGCGUGCGGGGUCGAGUGUGUGGGGAGGAUUAGCCCCCGAACGCCCAGGGCGCUGCCCACCUGGAGCGUCUUCUCUGACAUCCUCUCCUCCACUGUGGGCCGAACUCAGUCCAUUGAUGACUUGAACAAAUGGGCCCUAUUUCUUGUUUCUCCUUUUAUACUCGAAGCCGAGCACAUAGCAUUUGUGACUGAGAGCAUUUGGGUUCAAGGCGAGAAUUUACAGAGACCAUCAUCUUCUUCAGAAGCCAUCGUGAAGUGGUCCGACUGCUGUUUGCCGUUAGCUUGCAGACCUGGGGACCCUUACCAGUUAAUCGCCGAAGCAAGCGUGGACGACUUCAGCAAGCUGGGGGUGGCGUUCAUGGAAGAUAGACUCCAGGUGGCUGAUGGGCUGGUACCCCAAAAGAUCGUUUCAGUGCACUUGCAGGAGUCCACUCUGAAGGCACUUAAGGGUCAGGCCUCCAACGAGCAGGCCCAGAUUCUACAGCGGAAUCCUGAACCUUCCGUUGAGAGCAAGCUCGAGCCAGACGUUAUGGAGCACGUCUGUGGACAUGACCUCCAGGCUCUUGGUGCACGACCCGCGCAGGGGAAGGAUGGUGGCUCGGGCAGCGAGCCUGCGGAGGAGGGUGACAGAGGAGGGGGCUCCGUCGAGCACGGUCACCUCCACCUGUCUAGUUGCCAUGAGUGUUUGGAGCUUGAGAAUAGCACCAUUGAAUCUGUCAAGUGUGCAUCUGCAGAGAAAAUUCCAGAUCUUCCGUAUGACCCCAGUGGCAGUUUGGAGGACAUUGCUGAUGACAUCUCCCCGGACAGGGAAGGGAGGACAGUCAACAUCACAGGAAGGGCACCCAACAUCCUCUUCUACGUGGGCUCCGCCUCCCAGGAGUCCCUGGGCAGGUUCCAGGAGGUCCGGUCCGUUCUGGCUGACUGUGUGGACACCGAGCGCUACACGUUAUACCACCUGUCGAGGGAAAGUGCUCUCAGAGACCCGUGGUCAGACAACUGUCUGUUGCUGGUCAUUGCCACCAGGGAGGCGAUUCCUGAAGACCUUUCCAAGAAGUUCACGGCCUACCUUUCUCAGGGAGGGAAAGUGCUGGGGCUGUGUUCGCCCUUCACGCUUGCCGGCGUUCGGGUGGCCAGCAAGAGCGUCCUGCGGGACACAGUCCAGAACUUGGUUUUCUCCAAGGCUGACCAGACCCAAGUGAAGCUCAGUGUCCUGAGCAGCGGCUCCGUGUAUGAGGAGGGCCCUGGGGGACAGCUCAGCCUGGGCGGGCUCCAGGGCCACCUGGAGAACGAGGACAAGGACAGGCUGAUAGUGCAAGUGCCUUUCGGACCACGGGGAGGUGAAGCUGUUCUUUGCCAGGCGCACUUAGAACUGCCUCCCAGUUCCUCAGUGGUGCAAGUCCAAGGUGACUUCAAUCUGCUCAAAUCAAGCAACGCGAGAAGAUACGAAGUCCUUAGGGAGAUCCUGACAACGCUGGGCCUGAACUGUGACCUAAGACAGGCUCCCGCCCUAACGCCUCUUUACUUACUGCCUGCGGCUCUGGAGAUCUGGGACCCUCUGAUGCAGUGGCUGGGGAGACAUGCGGGUCCUGAAGGAGUCAUCAGGUCCAGCAAGCUGUCCCUUAAGUUUCUUCCAUCCUACACAUCCGACGUAGAAAUCACCCCCUCUGCUCUCCCUGUGGUGACCGACGUGGAGUCCUUCUUCUCAGAGCAUUUUAACUUAGAGACCUACCGACAGAAUCUGCAGACCCAGCGACUUGGAAAAGUAGUCCUGUUUACCGAAGUGACACCCACCACGAUGAACCUUCUGGAUGGGUUGCUGUUUGAGAUCCCGCCGGAAAUGGGGCUAAUAGCCAUCGCGGCCCGCCAAACCCAGGGCAGAGGACGGGGAUCGAAUGCCUGGCUGAGCCCCAUGGGAUGCGCUGUGUUCACCCUGCUCGUCUCCAUCCCGCUGAGGUCCGCGCUGGGACAGAGGAUCCCGUUUGUCCAGCAUCUGAUGUCCCUGGCUGUGGUGGAGGCGGUAAGGACCGUCCCUGAGUACCAGGAUAUCGACUUACGGGUGAAGUGGCCCAACGACAUUUAUUAUAGUGACCUCAUGAAGCUUGGCGGGGUUCUGGUUCACUCAACGCUGUUGGGAGAAACAUUUUAUAUACUUAUUGGCUGUGGAUUUAACGUGAGUAACAGUAACCCCACCAUAUGCGUCAAUGAUCUCGUCACGGAAUACAACAGGCGACACUGGGCGGAGCUGAAGCCCUUCAGGACCGAUGAGCUCAUCGCCAGAACCGUGACCGUGCUGGAGAAACUGAUCAGGACAUUUCAGGACAAAGGGCCCAAUGGCGUUCUUCCGCUUUAUUAUAAGUAUUGGGUACACAGUGGCCAGCGGGUUCGCCUGGGAAGCCUCGACGGCCCAGAGGUGUGGAUAGUCGGCCUGGAUGACUCUGGGUUCCUUCAGGUCCAGCAGGAGGGCGGCGAGGUCGUGACAGUGCACCCAGACGGCAACUCCUUCGACAUGCUGAGGAACCUCAUCGUCCCCAAGCAGCAGUAGCCCCAGUCCGGGGCCACCAUCCUGGCCGCUGGGCAGCAGGAGGGCAGGCGGAGCCACUGCAGGGAACAUUCCAGUCCAAUUUCUGCUGUCUUUCCUAGCCCAAAGAUCUGGAAAACGGAUUUAGACUUGUAGUCGGAUUUUUUUUUCUCCCUCUAAUCUCCGUAAUUCCUUAAUUUUGUUCUGUCUGCUGCCAUUUGACUUGGUGUCAGAAGACGUUCUGCGGGUAGCAGAACCUUCAGUUCAGGUAAAGCACUACCAAAGGUGUGAACUCCUUCUCCCCUCUUGGGCUUGGAUGUAUGUUGAUUGGGCCAGGAAAAAAAAGUUUUUAUUUGGAAACAGCAACGGAAUAAUUCAGAUGUUUCCCCAGUAGCGGAGACCUUCGCUCCCAGACUAUUAAAAAGUAAAUCAAAAAAAGCUUCCAGGCCCAGGCCAGCGAUGAGGUAGAGGUUUGGUAACAUUGUUUAUGAGCGUCCCUGGAGGCGGUUUCCUAGAGGAACAUACAUUGGCAGUUCAUUGUUGUUGUAUUUUUUUUUUCUGUCUGUCCGUAAGGAAAGAGAAGGUAGAUUUCUGAGGGUUUCUCUGGGCCCAGUGGUUUGUGGUCCAGUCCCAGUGCCUGCGGGGCUGCAGAGUUGGGUGUCACUGGCAUGGGUGCAGUGACCUUGGCAAGGAAAUCACUUACCUCCUUGGACGUUCAUGUCUGAGCGCUCUUUUCAUAAGUUUGAAUUUACUGCAUAUCCUGAAGUGAUGGGAUCAAGUUCAAGAGCCUUGAAGUGUUGAUUAGGCCUCAUGUGGAUGUAGGGGGAUGAUCGGGCCCCAGCAGCUGGAGACAAAGACUCCAUAUCACACACAAGGGAGGCUUCGGGCUUUUAAGCCAGUUGUAGGUUCCCUUUGAAAUGUGGCGCAUUCCUGAAAGACAGCUUGGUGCACAGAGACUAGAAUAAAGGCAUUUUAUUUGUAAGUUGUAAUUCUUUGCCCCUCUUCUAAAUUGCCUAGAAAGAAAAUAUGACUGAUACUGAAUGCCCAUCAUUUGAGAAGGAGGGUGUGUGUGUGUGUGUGUGUGUGUGUGUGUGUGUGUGUGUGCACGUGCUCAUGUGAAGCUCUAAAAGAUGUUCAAGGUCUGAUGCCCUAAAAGUUUCCGUGGAAGAACAAAAGAAAGGAAACCUUUUGAUAUACACUUGUGAUUUCCAGAUGUACUCCAUGCUUUUUCCAUGUAACUCCUAUCUCUGUUGAACUUGUGAAUCAUACACAUUACUUUUGAGCCUUAAAAGGCCAGUUUUUGUCCACUUUUCUCCCUUCCUGCCAGUUCCAACUGAAAUUAGUGGAAAGAAAACCUGAUGGAGGUCUCAACUUUGAACAGAACCCCCUAGCACUCGCCCUAUCUUAUUCAGCUUUACCCAGUCAGGCUAAUUCCAAAACCUUGCGGUUUUCAGGAUACAAUCUGUCGACCUUUAGCCAGGCACAGCCAGCACGAUAGGAAGGGGAAAGAAAAAAAAAAAUAGCAUGUUUAGUUAAGUACACCAACCCAAUAUGUGUUUUUUGGAAAUGUAACUUUGAAAAGAACUUCAGAAGUAAUUUUUGCAAAUAAGGCUUCAAUUAGAAGUAUUUUUCUCAAAAAAAAAAAUGCUUCUUGCCUAAGUGUCUAAUUCUUCUUUUGGAAUUAGUGACAAGUUUAAAUAAAAGUCCACACCACCCCAGAAUUACCAAAUGGACUCACCCUUGAGAGGGCAUCUGCAAAAUAUCAUCAGGAGGAAAGAUCUCCGGGCUAAUGCUGCAAGUUUCAUCUCUCAAACUUCGUAAUAUAAGGCAAAUCAUCUCUCAGAGCUGCUAUUGUUUCUGUUUGAAUUUCUUUGGGGGGUUCUUUAAUGAAAAACAUGCUAUGUUUUGUUUUAAGCUCAAGUCCUAUUCUAGAUAGUUCUGCUUUGGGGGAAAAUGUUAUCAUUUCAUUUCCUUUCUGUAAAUUAAAACUAAUGAAGUGUGGCCAUGUCAGUGCCGAUGGAGAUGUUCCGGGCAUGUACCCCCUUCCCUCUGUGCUUUUAAGACUGUUCUUUCUCGUGUCGUCACCCAGUCGUCUUGAGGGACACGAAGUAGACUUGAAGCAGAUGCUCCGUUUUCCAUAAACCUGAUUUUGCCUCAGAUGAACCAAAGACUUUUGAAAUUCUGCUUCAUAUAGAAAAGCUGAAUAAAAACAUUUUACUUGUAGCCAUUAGCGUUAGGGAAAUUAUUUACUUGGUACACGACACGCGUGGAUUUGGGGUCUUUUUGUGCACCGGGCGGUCUCUGAUCUCAAGGAGUUUUAAAGUCUCAGCAGAAAGUUUGCAUUUUCUUUAACCUUGAAAACAUGGCAACUGAACUCAGGACAGGCGUGUGCUUUCUGGGCAUUUGAUUGGUCCGCGUGUGUAAAGGCUGUGCAUUGAUUGGCCCCCGUGUAUAGAGGCUGUGCGUUGAUUGGCCCCCGCACCUAGAGGCUGCGCAUUGAUUGGCCCCCGCACCUAGAGGCUGUGCAUUGAGCAUCUUACCGAUUGGCCCACGAGAGUAGAGGCUGCACGUUGAGUAUGUUACCUGGUUCGUGAAAGGCAAGCCCCCCCUCCCCCCAGCAUGUGCACAAGGAAGUUUCCCGUAGGACCCACGCUCCCCUCAAAGCAGCACCCCUUGAUGCUGGGCCUCCUGGCAGCCUGCAGGGGGCGUGGGCAAAAAGUCCAAAGAUUCAUGUCUGGUCUCAAACACUCUGUGGGGUUUGCUACCGCAGACUUUGUCAUAUGUGGGGAUGAGUGGGCCCCUGACGGGUGGGUGAUCAGUGGGUGCACGGGCCCAGGUGGGGGUAGCACGCAGCCUCCAGUCCCCGGGCCCCCACGUGUUCUGUGCUUGCCCCUGCCCUUGAGCCUGGGAAGUGGGAGAAAAGCCAGCCUCACCCAGCAGUUUCAGGAUGUAGUGGGGAGACAUUUUCGGCUUGCGUCCUGGAAGCUGUUUGCUCCGAACGGGCAGAAAAUGGAGAAUCCUUAUUCCUGCGUAAUUACUAUGCACACUUAAAAUGUUUUAAAGCGUAAACCUUCCCAUUUUUACCUUUUCAAAGAAUUGUGUCUGUAAUUACUUUAAACCAAUGCCUACUAAAAUCAGGUCUUACCAAAAUAAACUUUUAGAUAUUCUUACA